AUGUGUUGGAAAGUUCAAGCUGAAGCCGAGGCGUUGCCUUUCAUCCCUGCUGCGAACAGAGUGGGUUCCGUUGCGACAGCCCCGCUUCCCAGAUCCACCACCGCGGCAGCCCGGCCUACCAUAUCCAACACCGCGACGAACGCUGCCAUUCCAUUUCAGUCCUGCCGCCGCUGUUCAGACCGAUUUGCCUUCAUCUGCGAGGAUGGCCGACGCGUCCAUAUCAUCGUGGGACUGCCCAGGGCAUUGCGGUCCAAGGGCUUAUCCGCAAGCGCACGCCAACACGACGCGGGUUACAAGGCGAUCUCAUAUGUCUGGGGACAAACAACCAAGCUACAAAUGUAUUGCGCCAAAUGUAAAUCCUCGUUCCUGACGCCGAUGCAGGACGCCCAGAAGUUUCGCGAGAUAAUGAGCCUCGCCAGGACAGACGAGCACAUCUGGCUAGACGCUAUGUCAAUCAACCAAGACGACGAAAACGACAAAAAGCAGCAAAUAUCACAAAUGGGCCGACUAUACGGCGAAGCCAAUGCCGUUGCAGUGCUUUUCCCCAAGUCCGAUGAGGGGGCGUUUGAGCUGCUCACAUCCAUGGCAAACAGGGCCGAUGUCAUAAAUCUGCAUAAAGAGGCUUUUAUCAAGAACGAGGAUUCUUUACCAGGAAAUCAGCUAUCAAAAUGCUGCCAAGAACUCUACUCCCUCAUCGAAGAAUUUGAGCAAACCCUUCCGGCCUCGACAUACUUUCGUCGUGCUUGGACGUUCCAAGAAUGGGCAAUGGCUGUUACGCUGGACGUUAGCCUUGAAGGCAGCUCGACUAUUCUACACGACGUCAAAUACUCCGUAAUACAUGCGGUGACUCUGUCUACCAUAUACAAGCACAGCCAAGGCGCAUUCGCGGCUAUAAAGCUUGGCUUCUCACGGGGCGAGUUACCGCGCAAGUUCAACUUGGUGAAGCGACUCUUUCCCGACGAGCUUGCAUUUGUGUCGCCAGACGAGAAGCUUGAGGAUGACUCCAGCCUUUCCUUCCAGACUCUCUUUCCGUCCCUUGGUGGGGACCGUGUCUUUGGGCUCAGGACAAAUCCUGCUCAAUCAAUACCCGAAGUCUUGCAGAAGAAGACGCCUGUACAUGAACAGUUUCAACUGCGCACACCACGACCAAACAACUCACCUGCUGCCUUCAAAAACCGCCUGAGUGUGAUGUUGAAUGCGUUUACGACGUCAACACGUGAGGCUUACUUUGAGGCUGAUCGCGUUGCUUGCUGGGCGUCUAUGUGCAACAUCAGCUAUGCAUACGACAAGAACGAUAGCUAUGCUGUAGCAUUGCAAAAGGUGCUGGCUCAGAUCCGCUUCGCGUCAGAAAACAACGUGCGCCUGUUCACCUUCCAGGCAAAUACCAACUCGCUGCUGAACUCCGUUGACCUGGAUUUCUUGGAGUACGCUUCGUCGCACACUCAAAGCAACGCGCGGCACGGUGCUGAUUUUACCGGAACGCCCCUGUUUUCUGGACGAGCUGACACUUUACGACACGUCAAAAUCUGCUUGCGCCAGCCGAACACCCAUGUUCAGCUCGCUGGCGACCCUGCGCUCGUGCAGCAAGUUGAUGGCAUAGUGUCGGUGGAAGCAGCACAGAUGAACGAUAUUGAAAAAACCCUAGAACUGUGGGCCCCCACAAUCACUGGAUGGCACGAUGGGAUGACUGUCUAUAAUAUCGUUGACAAAAUCGGUGAGCUACUGAGGGACACCCCCACCACGGAGUUGGCGUCUAAAGCACUCAUCCUCGUAACGAUCAAUACAACCUCCAUUGACACCAAUGAGCCGCGCAAAUGCGCCCUGUGGACAAUUAUGCCUUAUGACCGUGAGCACGGUCAAACUAUGGUUGGCCGCGAGGUUGUCAAUGGGCAGCUUGUGCUCAUUGUGCGGCGCGAAGAUUGCUGCGAUAUCGUCGGUUAUCUCGCACUUACCGACCAACAGUCGGGCACACACUUAGCCUGGUGCCAGGAUGAUGGCACCUGGGCUAAGAAACUAGACGUCCCACAACGGGCUGAUAUCAUCGAUGCACGUAUUGCCUAUAACGAUGUCUGGUGGGCGGGCAAAUACGCAGUGGGUCAAGACGUGAUAAGCGUUCGUUAA